AGCGAUUUUCAAAAAAAUUGCCAGUUGAAGGAGGAAGUGUUGAAAAGAGCAGUUAAAAAAAUGAUCAUCGUUGAAAAGUCGCUCUUAUGGUGCACUUUAAAAUAUGAGCUGUAAUAGGAACUGUGUCAACAAGAAGUUGUGUUCAGACUCUAAUUCAGUCGAUCAAAGGUUACACCUUGACAAUGGACUUUUUUUAAAUGAACUGCCACAGGAAAGUGUAAAUGAUCUAAAUGUAAACACAUCUGUUCUUCUGAUUGAACCAUUUUAUGGUGGGUCGCAUAAACAGCUGGUCGAUUUACUCACAAAGGAAAUUCCAGGCUGCGUGUUGCAUUGUUUACCUGCAAAGAAAUGGCACUGGAGAAUGCGAACAGCCGCUCUGUGGUUCUCUCAAAAUAUUCCCCACUGCAUGAAAUACAAGUAAGUUCUGCAUCUUUGUCUGCGGAAAAGGAAAAAAAGCAUUUUUUCCUACAACUGAGGUCAAAAGUGUUGGGACACCCUUUCCUCCCCAAACAGUGUUGAAUUUUGAGAAAAAUGGGAGGAAACGAGUCCUUAAUAGCCCACAUUCGAUAUAUAACAAUCCUAACAUGACUCCAAGACUUUAGGGUCAAAAUUGCAAUUUUUCACCACUCCAUUGUCUUGCAAUUCUCUUUAGAGACUUGAGUACACAGAAAACCAAACCAAAUAUAGAAAAAUGCCCAGAAAGCCUCGGAGUCAUGUUAGAAUUUUAAUGCAUCGAACGUGGGCUAUUGGCCACAACAGUGCUGGGUUUAAGUUGGGGGACGAAAGGAUGAACCCAGAGUUGAUCAAAAAAUUGUCAUUAGGAGCAGAGUCCUGUGUAACAAUUAUUUGGAAGCCUAGGGUUUUUUCACACACUCCCAAGUUCAAGUUUGACCUUCAUUGUCGCUUUUGAUGUAUCUGCACAGUUAACCUUGCAAUACAUAAUUAUGUGGGUUGUGCCUACCCAGAUUCAUGUGGAUAAGGUCUAAGAAAGCAAUAGAUAAUACAUUGUAAUACUAUUGAAACAAUUUAACAAAAAUAUGUUUCAUGUCUUAUUGAUUACCAGUACAUUUUUUAAUGAUACACAGGUAACCUUACACUUUCCUAAACAGGUUUCUCACUCUGGAUGCAUGUAUAAAGUGAUAUUACCAAUAAAUUAGUUAGUAUUGGUAAAUAAUAUCUUUUUAUAUAAAUUUACAAGCUGGUGUUUUCAGGGUGAUGUUUGCAAGCUCAGUGCUGAAUUUAGCUGAAUUAGUUUCUCUGAGACCUGACUUUGCCCAACUGAAGAAGGUCCUUUACUUCCAUGAAAAUCAGCUUAUUUAUCCAGUGAGAAAACAACAAGACAGAGAUUUUCAGUAUGGCUACAAUCAAAUUUUAUCAUGGUAAGGUCAAAGACCAGCUUGGUUAUUUUACGCAGUAUCGUCAUUGUCAUUGUCAUUGCCAUCAUCAUCAUCAUCAUCAUCAUCAUCAUUAUGAUAAUGAUAAUAAUAAUAAUUAUUAUUAUUUUAGAUCAAUAAUUCGUUGUCUCUUGACAUCUUUUGUUGCUCAAAAGCUAUCAGGGUUGAGAAAGAAUCUAAGACAAAUUUGUCUUCUAAAAACUUAAGGUAAACUAAAAUCCUAUCUAGCUGGAAGAAUACUGGUAAGCUGUUAAUUUUCAAGCAUGACUUUGGAGUUGAACACAGGACCACCAGGGAACAUAAAAAUCCAGCUUGAAGUCAGAGCAAGACUUGAGAUUGCAAGUCCUGUGCUGUGACCACUUGGGCAAACUGCCUCCCUCCAGAAUUAAUCUUUUUUUGUGUUUUCCUUUUGUUAUGAUUACUAUUUUUUGCACUGCUUUUGAACUGUAUCCCUCCUGGAAGUUUGAAAGUACCUUAAAACAAAACAAUUACAGACAGCCUAAUACUGAAAAUAGCCUGUGUAGCAGGUGCUUGGAAAUGAUGGGUGUGGUAGAAAACGGGGCAAGUGCACAUGUCCGCCUCGCACACACCAUUGUUCUUGCGCCUAUAUUACUUGCAAGUGCCUGUUAACUCAAGGUUUUUGGAAAACAAAAUCUUAUUGCAUCCAUAAAAUAAACAAUCGUAUUAGAUGUUAUAAAUUAUUAAAAAAAGGUUGUAACACUGUGCUGAACAUUAGCAUGUUUGAGUUAUCAAGUUUGACAUAAUGACACUNAUCAUCAUCAUCAUCAUUAUGAUAAUGAUAAUAAUAAUAAUUAUUAUUAUUUUAGAUCAAUAAUUCGUUGUCUCUUGACAUCUUUUGUUGCUCAAAAGCUAUCAGGGUUGAGAAAGAAUCUAAGACAAAUUUGUCUUCUAAAAACUUAAGGUAAACUAAAAUCCUAUCUAGCUGGAAGAAUACUGGUAAGCUGUUAAUUUUCAAGCAUGACUUUGGAGUUGAACACAGGACCACCAGGGAACAUAAAAAUCCAGCUUGAAGUCAGAGCAAGACUUGAGAUUGCAAGUCCUGUGCUGUGACCACUUGGGCAAACUGCCUCCCUCCAGAAUUAAUCUUUUUUUGUGUUUUCCUUUUGUUAUGAUUACUAUUUUUUGCACUGCUUUUGAACUGUAUCCCUCCUGGAAGUUUGAAAGUACCUUAAAACAAAACAAUUACAGACAGCCUAAUACUGAAAAUAGCCUGUGUAGCAGGUGCUUGGAAAUGAUGGGUGUGGUAGAAAACGGGGCAAGUGCACAUGUCCGCCUCGCACACACCAUUGUUCUUGCGCCUAUAUUACUUGCAAGUGCCUGUUAACUCAAGGUUUUUGGAAAACAAAAUCUUAUUGCAUCCAUAAAAUAAACAAUCGUAUUAGAUGUUAUAAAUUAUUAAAAAAAGGUUGUAACACUGUGCUGAACAUUAGCAUGUUUGAGUUAUCAAGUUUGACAUAAUGACACUCCAAUGAAUUUCACAGUUGAUUGCAUAAUUUGUUUGUCUGGCAGUCUGGUAGCUGAUGUUGUUGUGUUCAACUCCUCCUUCAACAUGGAAUCAUUUCUAUCAUCAAUCAGCAGCUUUCUGAAAUUAAUGCCUGAUUUUCGACCUAAGGGACUAGAUCAGCUUAUCAGACCAAAAUGCAAGGUUCUUUACUUUCCUCUGAUGGGAAGAGAACAGAUGGGAGAGAGUUCAAGUGCAGAGCAGGAGAUUGUACAUGAAGUUCCAGCUGGAGAGAUUUAUGAGGAAAAUUUGUUAGUUGAUACAAAUGGUGAAAGGGUAACAAGAAAGAGUUUGCAGUAAACACUGUAAUUCAUCUCAAUAGCUAUUUAUGAUACUAUUAUUUAAGAUAAGCUACGUGUAGUUUUCUCCCUAAAGCCCCUUGCAAACUGACGUAAGAUUGUUGUGUCCAUUUGCACAUAGCUAAAAGUUUGACCAGUUUCAAAGUAUUGUGCAACAGCUCACAAAAACACAAAGCAACAUGCAACAGGGCGUGCAAACAGAUGCAACAUGUAACAUCCAACAAUGUUGCGUCCGUUUGCAUGUAGCAUUAGGUUACGACAACAACAACAACUAUAACAACAAAACUUUAUUGAGAAGAAAAUAAUAUAACAAAAGAACUGCAUUAGCAGCUAGCAUGGCUAUUCGAGGCAGGACAGUGCAUACAAAAAAUAAUAAAAUCUCAACAUGUUUAAGGAUUAACAAGGCAUAAAAGAAAGAAUUAAACUAUUAAGUAAUAACAAAAUGUAAGAGUAGAAACAAGUAGACAAAAAAAGUGAAGGCACAUGUGCAAGAACAUGAAGCCUGGAGCUCGAGAACCCUUAACACUGGUGACAAGCAGCAUAACACAUCUUGUUAUGCCAUAAGUUUUGUUCUUUUUUUUGUACCAAAGAUAGUGAAAGUCAACAGGAAUUCACCUCACCCAGAAACAGAGUCAGAUAUGUCAAGACCCUUGCAUAUAGUUUGGGCUCACCGAUGGUAUGUGCUUCCAUUAUGAUUUCUGUAUUUGUUUUUGUGCGACUGGCCAUUUUGAGGGUGUGCAUGCAGACUAGCUAUAGAACAAUAAUUAAAAAACAACACCAACCUGGGAGUGUUUUCUGGGGUAAACUUUUGACCCAGUUUCCUGUUCAACUUUGUAGUAGCUGGUAAAAGAAGUGAAGGCUUCCCUCCAAAACAUUGCCAUUAAUGUACAAAUUGACACAACACUGACCCAAUCUCAGAUGCAACCUCAUCUCACUUGGCCGUUUCAUAAUCAAUAAUUAAUGGCUUGUUGAACUAAAUAGAGCCUGUUUUUAUUUGCAUUCAGCAAGGUUCAAGAAUGUUCAUUUUGGCACUUGUAUUUGCAUUAUUUUAAUAUAACUUUGUAUAAACCUAAGUACAGGCAUCAAUAAUAUUCUUCUACAUAUACAGACACUGUACAUGUAUUUCAGACAUUCAUUUUGUUCUAGGAGAUACCAAAAUCCAUACAAUCCCUAUCUCAGUAACAAAGAUAGCUCUGAACAGCCAUAUGCCAGACAUCAGUGUUUAGGAACAUCAUGCCUUUGGAGUCCAUGUACAUGAAGGUGGUGUGACUUUACAAGGACACCUACAAAAAGCCACUACUCAGGGUGUUCAUUAGGCAUACUACAGAGAAUUCACUGGCUAACGUUCAGUAGCCUAUGAAGCAAGCAUCAGACUUAAGUAUAAGGAGCCAGCAUUGCCGAGCAGUUAGAGCACUGGACUUUCAAUCCACAGGCCCUGAUCUUGAGCCCCACCCUAACUGCUGGCUGGAUAUAUUUUUUUGGUAGUUCUGUGCUCACCAGGCUGGUAUAUAGCCAACUGGUUUGCCUGUGGCCACUUGAGAUUGUUACUAAUUAAAAAUUAUUUUAUUAGUUGUUUGUCUCCUUAUUAUCUUGUGGACCACAAUGGAAACCAUCGGUCAGUAAUUGUGGUAUAUACCCUUGUGAAAUAUAGUGUAUUUUUGUAGGAAAAUCUGUCCAGAAAAAGUUCAUAAUUCUCUAAAACAUCAAUAAAAUUUAUUUCUCUCACAUUUAAUUAACUAGGGAACAUGACAAGGGUCCAGAUCUGUUCUUCCACACUCUUUAUCAGCUAGCUGAUCAGAAUUUGGAAUUCAAAGUUUCUGUCAUAGGAGAGACAUUCUCAGAAGUCCCAGGUAUGCGGACAGCUGAAGUCAAAGUUCUUAUAAAUAAUACCAUAAAUCCUAUAUUAAACCAAACAAACAUCAGACAUCAUAAACAAUACAUCAGACAUCAGAUAUCAUACAUCAGACAUGAGACUGAAGACUUCAGACAUCAUACGUCAGACAUCAUACACCAGACAACAGACAUACAUCACGUACAUCAGACGUCUGACAUCAGACAUCUUACAUCAGACAUCUGACAUAGGACAUCAGACAACAGACGUCUGACAUCAGACAUCUUACAUCAGACAUCUGGGCUCGGACAAACACCAGACAUCAUACAUCAGAGAACAGAAUCAGACAUCAGACAUAAUACACCAGACAUCAGAUGUCUGACAUCAGACAUCAGACGUUUGACAUCAGACAACAAACCUCAGACACUAGACAUUAGACAACACAUCAGACAACAAAAUCAGACAUCAGACAUACAUAAUACAUCUGACAUCAGACGUCAGACCACAGACGUCUGACCUCAGACAUCAGAUGUCUGACAUUAGACACCUUACAUCAGACAUCAGAAAUUUCUACAAGUUGUGGUUUAGUUUUAACCUCACCACAACAUUUUUUCACUAACUGAAUAUACUUUUCCCUCUGUUUAGAAAUUUUUGAAGAAGCCUUUUCAUGUAUCAGAGAACAUAUUGUUCACUGGGGCUACCAGCAAUCUCGCCAGGAAUAUGUUAAUGUUCUAAAGAAUGCUGAUGUGGCUGUCUCUACUGCAGAACACGAGUUCUUUGGUGUUUCCAUGUAAGGUGACUUGAUUGGAUAUCACAGAAUAUGUGCAUGUACAAAAUGUCACUUACGAUUGUACUUGAUGUGUUUCCAAUUCCAAUAUUUGCAUUUUUGCAGGCUGGAGUCGGUGCAAUAUGGCUGUUACCCACUAUGUCCAAAUAAACUUGUGUACCCUGAGAUAUUUCCUGGUAAGUUGACAAAUAAAUGUAUUUAUGUUUGCAGAUACUAAGUGACUAUACUGUUGUCAUUUCUCCACCAAAAGACGCCUCGGCUGCUCACAGAUUAUUAUUAUUAUCAUUAAUUAUUACUAUUAUUUUCAUUGUAGUCAGUCGGUCUAAAUCUAUAUGUGUGGAAGCUUAUCUAAUAAGUGUUAAAAAAGAAAACUCCCAUAAUCAGGUUCAGUAUGCUACCCGCAGCCUCUAACGACAGUUUCUCACUUGUGACGUUAUAAGUGAAAUGGAAUCAUCAAGGAACCUUCUUGCACGUGUGUGAAUUAAAAAAUUGGAAAUGCAAUGGGAAUAGGAAUCUUCUGCUACUGAUUCCGGGACUUAUGAUCUAGUCAGAACUGUUGAACUUGUACAGAAAGACUAGUCUAUUCCAAUACUCAGCGGGGGAGGGGGGGGAGGGGUACUCCAGAUUUUAAGUGACAGGGAUGAUCGAAUGGGGGCAAAACUCAAAACCCAAAAAAAUCCUGGACCAAAAUUUAACACCCAAAAAAUCCCAUGCCGAAUUUCCGAGCAUUAAAAAAUUCCAGAAAGCAUUAAAUGAUGUAACUAUCACGGAUCUUCAGAUCGUUUUGAUUAUCCAAAAAAAUACGUGUCAAAAUUUUCCUACCCAAAAAAAUCCUGAAAUCGAAAAAUAUCCUUCAAUCAUCUCUGUCACUUGAAAUCCGGAGUACCCCCCCUGGGUUCCAGUAGUGAGUGCAAACUUCCCGACAAUGUGAAAACAUACUCUCACUAUUACAUCUAAACAAAUGAUAAGAAUGAAAAACUUUAAUACUAUAGUGUGUCCCAAAAAGAGUUCUCUGUUAUUGAACUACAGUCCCUUAACAAGGUUUGGGGUACAAAGUUAUUCAGUGUUACUAUAAAGUCUCAUCCUUUGAAUUUUUGAGGAUACUUAUGUAAAGGAUGCAAUUUGCUUUACUUUUAGAUGAAUACCUGUACUCAACACCACAGCAACUGGCCAAAAAACUAAGAUAUUUUUGCAAGAAUCCACGACACGUGAGAACACACAAAGUCAUGGUAAGAAUACGUGAACAAGUUAAUUGCGCACUUCAGUUUAUGAAAUAUGCAGUGUUAUUGAUUACUGAACAUGAUCGUGGGACUACUUUUGCUUUUGCAACAAACACUGCGGUAAAACGGGGAGCAAAAACGUACAACUUGUUUUGCAACAUUGCUGUAAAAAGAAUUGAAAAGUAAUGUUGCGUGUUUUACCACCCACGUUCAAACCUGUCUUGCAAUAAAUCAGAUUGUUGCAAGUUGCGUGAAUAAUAGAACAAGGGGGUCACGCUAUACACGGGAAUUACGUCACUUAAUGCAAAACAAGUUGGCCUUGAGCCGGUAAAACGCGCAACAUGUGUCAGAUUUUGUUGCAAAAAGUGGAACUACUCUCUACUUUCUGCAACAACUUUUCGUAACCUGCAACAAGCUGAUUUGUUGAAAGACAGGUUUGAAUGCGCAACAUCGCUAUUCAACUUGUUUUGCAGCAAUUUUGCAAAACAAGUUGCACGUUUUUGCUGCCCGUUUUAGCGUACCUUUAAACCUCUUGUAGACCCCGCCCUAACGAGUGUCACGUACUUUUUACCCGUGCAUCGGUUAUAUUUUUCCCGCGCUUUGAACUGGGCGCAUGUUUCUUGCCAAAUCCUGAGCACUGCUUGGCGCUCGCUGCUUUUUUUUUCUUUACCGCUCUAAAGACACUGGCUGCAAAAGGCUGUCUGUUUUCCAUGUUUCCCGCGCCUUGCGCUGCUAAGCAUGCCGCUGGUCUUAAUGAGGCUUGUAUGUUUUGUCCCGCCGAUAUAAGGACACUAAUUUAGUUUUACUAGAAGUAACUGAUAAUUCAAAGGCUGAAUAGAGUCAUCGGCCUCUUGAACAAAUGUGCCGGGUCAGCUUCAAGUUUAAGUAUUGUUCUAAUUGUGCGACUUCCCGUUUUGCAGGUUGAUUGGAGACAGUUCUUGUGGGAAAAACUUAAGGAUCAAUUCAUUGAACUUUUGUCUCCAGCGGAUAAAGAAUCAAACGAUAGCGAGUCUAAUUGAUAGAUGUCGUCGCUAUUAAAACUGGAAGCGCGUCACAGACAAAAUAAUUUUGAAAUAAUUUAUCAGGAAAAUCCCCGAAAAAAUUAUGAAUUGUUACUGAGGAAGCUCGGUUGACAUGAUGUGGCAAUAAAGAUUGAACUAUUGAAGACAAAGGGUGGCCUUUUUUAAAGGACCAGAACGGGUACUGCCCCGGACCAGCCCGAGUUAACACAUUAAGCAGGAACAGAGCGUAAGAUUUUGAAGGUGUACGUACUAAAAGAGACGUUAGAGCGCAUUCGUCUCUCUAAACUAGGCACGAGGGGGCCUGCACGCAUGCUCCCCCAGAAAGUUUUUC